AACAGAGGCGCUGCAGCUGAGAGAAAGAGAGAGAGCGAGAGAGGCGCAGAGGGAAAGAGGGAACGGAGGAGCCGUCGGAUCCAGGAGCAUCAUGGCACCUCUCGGGCUCAAGGCGACUGUUGGAGAAAAGAUUAUGAAUGAUGUCAUCAAGAAGGUGAGGACAAAAGGAGAAUGGAAGGUGCUGGUGGUGGACAAACUCAGUAUGAGAAUGAUCUCAUCCUGCUGCAAAAUGACAGAUAUUAUGUCAGAAGGAAUCACAAUUGUUGAGGACAUCACUAAACGACGCGAGCCCCUUCCCACCAUGGAGGCCAUUUAUCUUAUAACCCCCUCUGAUGAGUCUGUGGAAGGACUCAUCAAUGAUUUCAGAGACCCCCGUAACCCCAUAUACAGAGGAGCUCAUGUCUUCUUCACAGAUGCGGUCCCUGACUCUUUGUUCAACCUGCUGACCAAAUCCCGUGCGGCCAAAGUGAUGAAGACAUUGACUGAAAUUAACAUCGCCUUCCUCCCGUAUGAGUCACAGGUGUUCUCUGUGGACAGACCCGGUGCCUUUCAGGAUUUCUACAGCCCCUUCAAAGCAGACGUGAAGCCCCAGAUGCUGGAACGUUUAGCUGAGCAGAUCGCCACUCUCUGCGCCACACUGAAAGAGUACCCCGCCGUCAGAUACAGAGGAGAGUACAAGGAUAAUGCAAUUCUGGCCCAGAUGCUGCAGGACAAACUGGAUGGCUACAAAGCUGAUGAUCCCACUAUAGGAGAGGGACCAGAUAAGGCUCGUUCUCAGCUGUUGAUUCUGGACCGAGGAUUUGACCCAGUCUCUCCUGUGCUGCAUGAGCUCACCUUCCAGGCCAUGGCCUAUGACCUGCUGCCCAUCGAGAACGACGUCUACAAGUACGAGACUACUGGAAUGGGAGAUACUCGUAUGAAGGAGGUGCUGCUGGAUGAGGAUGAUGACCUGUGGGUUACACUCAGGCACAAACACAUUGCUGAAGUUUCCACGGCUGUAACUAAAUCACUGAAGGAGUUCUCUUCCAGUAAGAAGAUGAAUACAGGAGAAAAGACCACCAUAAAGGAACUGUCUCAAAUGUUGAAGAAGAUGCCCCAGUAUCAGAAGGAACUGAGCAAGUACUCCACUCACCUGCACUUGGCGGAGGACUGUAUGAAACACUAUCAGGGUGCAGUGGACAAGCUUUGCCGUGUGGAGCAGGAUCUGGCCAUGGGUUCAGAUGCUGAAGGAGAAAAGAUAAAAGAUCCGAUGAGAGCCAUUGUGCCCAUCCUGUUGGACACCAGCGUGUCCAUCUUUGACAAGAUUCGCAUCAUUCUCCUCUACAUCUUCCUCAAGAAUGGUGUAACGGAGGAGAACCUGUGUAAGCUUCUGCAGCACGCACAGAUCCCUCCAGAAGACAGUGAUAUAAUCUCCAACAUGGCUCACAUGGCAGUUCCCAUCAUCUCAGAGCAAACCACAACACGCAAGAAGAAGGCAGACCGUAAAGAAAGGAUCAGUGAGCAGACCUACCAGCUCUCCAGAUGGACUCCUCUGGUCAAAGAUAUCAUGGAGGAUGCUAUUGAAGACAAACUGGACCCAAAGCAAUACCCUUACAUCUCCACACGCACAGCCUCCUCUAAAACCACAACAGCUACCAGUGCUCGCUAUGGGAACUGGCACAAGAAUAAAAGCCCCGGGGAAAUGCGAACAGGUCCACGAGUCAUCGUCUUCAUCAUCGGGGGCGUGACCUACAGCGAAAUGCGCUGCGCCUACGAGGUCACGCAGGCCAAUGGCAAAUGGGAGGCCCUCAUCGGUUCCUCCCACACUAUCACUCCCAGCAAGUACCUGAAGGAGCUUCAACACCAAGACUUCCUGGACCCCAACGCUGCCCCAGAAGAUAAGUUAACUGCGGAGGACUGAGGGCGAGAAACACAAAGAGUGGGGGAGAGAGAGAGGAAGGAAAAAACCCAUCACAACCACCUUUCUGAAGUGAGCCCCAUCCAGCAGAGCCCAGGGGUGAAGAUGAGUCCUAUCAUAAUGCUGUAAAUGCUCAGCUUUGUUACCCGGGCCUUUACCCCCAUCUACACUAUUAAAAAUAAAGGUCCAAAAAUGAAGAGGUUUAAUGAACCUCCACAUAAUGUAAAGGUUCUAUAUCAGUUAAAUGUUUUCCCUACAACUGCACCAAGAACCACUUAGGAAUCUUUAUUCUUAAUGGUGUAUUUUCCCGCUUCAUUGCCUGGUAGCAUCAUAUCUAAAAUAGCAUUCAAAUUCUAUUAGGCUCAGUCCCAAGUGAGACCCCCCAAUAUGGCCUGCAUACAUUUUAGCUUACAGAAAAAUCUUCUCUCAGCAGUUACUCUGUGAACAAACUCUUCAUACCUUGUAAAGACAUACAGUGCCAGUCAAACGUUUGGACACACCUACUCAGGAAAAGAUUUCCUAAUUUUUAUUGUCAAAACCAUACAAUGACAUAUAUAGAGUUAAGGAGUGAUGAAAUAAAUGUUAAAUAAAUCAAGGACUCAAUAAAAUAGAGUUGAUAAAAAUUUACAUUCUCUACUAAUUGGCUAAACAGUCAGCCAGCAGUUUGAAUUUUAAAAAGGAUAUUUGCAGGUCAUUAAAUAGUAGUGCUUAGCACAUUCUCCACAAGGGGAGAGCUGUUAGCACUCAAGUUGCUUUUAUGUGCAUUACUGAAAGGGAGAAAACCUACACAAGCAGGAUCUAACUAAAGCAUGUACAUUAUUGUCACAAAUUUAAUAUACAUAUGAAGUAAAAGGUUUUGUUUAAUUAGGUCUCAGAAACAACGCAGUAGACAACAGACUCCUCCAGUAAUGUUCAGUGAGGCUUUUCCAAAGGAUUUACUGUAAAACUGCAACAUACAAAGUAGAGAAUGCCAGUAGAGUGUCUAUCUAUUUCAAAUGCUUUCAAUGCUUUAAAUGUAGCUGUUUUAUAUAUAUAUAUAUAUAUAUAUAUAUAUAUAUAUAUAUAUAUAUACAUUUGUUAUGACAGCAUAUAUACAGUAUACUAUAUAUAUACAGUAUAUAGUAUACAGUAUAUAUGUUGUCAUAACAAACAGAGCCUGACUGACUCACAAAUUAUCCAUUUUUGCCACAUGGUGUUUGUUUUAUUUAGAUACCUAUUUUAAAUGCUUCUUUUAAACCUUCUUUUGACCCAGAAUAGAUAGAUAGGCUUUAUUGUCAUUCGCAUCACAUGUGGUGCAAGAGGUGGAACCAAACAUUGUACUCACGGUCCCAGUUAACUCCAUAAACAAUAAACUCCAUAAACUAACAUAAAAAAUAAAUGAUGAGUCUGGAAAAUGUGUGUGUGUGUGUGUGUGUGUGUGUGUGUGUGUGUGUGUGUGUGUGUGUGUGUGUGUGUGUGUGUGUGUGUGUAAUAUAAUGAUAUUGACAGCCCAAUAAACAAAUCAAAGCUAUCUUAUAUUUUAAAGUCUUCAAACUAGCAUGCCCUUUGCUUUGAUACAGACACAUAUUGGAAAUAAAUGUACACUUAGGCAUCAACUUCACAACAAAUUUCAAGGACGUAGAUCAUACUAUCUUUCAGAAGAUCAAAAAAACACUAAUCUGAUCGGGUGUGCCCAAACAUUUGACUGGUACUAUAUAAAAUCUUGUUGGAGAGAAGCGGAGAGGAGGACAGUCUUGUGGGAUCAGAUUAACAGCUCGGAUGUAGAUGAUUACAGUGCAGUGUUUCAGUGUUUCAUAGACAUAGAACAGUUGUUGUCACUCUUUGUGCAGUGGCUAAAGCUCUCGUGAGAGUAUGUUUGAUUUCUCUUUAUUCUCAGGUUUGCAUCCAUAUAUUCCACACAUGAAGUGCAGCAUGAUCUUGAAUUCUAACACCUGCCCUACAACUUCCUAUAACAAUGCCUCUUAAAGACAAUCAGACAAGGAGCAGGAUAGUUCAGAUCCAUUUGACUCUCCAUGUUAAGUGGCCUGUAGCAUAACAUUGCUGUCAUAAGAUCCCUUGUAAGCCCUUUUUUCGUUUUUCUGUUUACUUCAUUUGAAAAUAUCAGCUGAGCUUUGAACUGUGUCAACCUUUCCUGAUAAAUGGACCAAGAGAAAUGCCCCAAAAUGACUUCAAAUUGGUUUUACGGCACUGUGCAAAGGUCAGAGACUUUUAUAGCUUCAGCAAAAAAUAUAUAUUAUUUGAUUUUUUUUGUUCUUCAGUAUUAAGUUGGAACGAUGGGGAGCGAUGUUGAGGUGGAUGCAUGUGCGGAGACAAGCAAGAUUUAUUAUGGGCAAAUCCAAAGUCAGGGUCAAAGACAGUCCAGAUUUAAAUAGCCAACACGGAGAGAAUGGGGGUCAGACAUGACAAAAGAACACA